AUGGGAGCGACCAUACUGAUUCUAGUGGUCCUAACGAUAUUCCUACUUCACCAUGUUGUCACAUGUGCAUCCCUCUCUUCUGUUGAGACGAACGCUGACGAAUCAUUUGAUAUUUUUGUUUUUGCAUUGACUUGGCCCGGAAGUGCAUGCUAUUCACUGUCGCCUUGUUCCGUUCCUAAGGGCAUUUCUGACUUUACAAUUCAUGGUUUAUGGCCAAACAAACUUGUAGGGAAAUUAGGUCCUUUUUAUUGCAAUGCUCCUCGGUUUAAUUAUUCUCUCAUUCAAGACAUGAAGACUGAUUUGGAUAAAUAUUGGACUGAUUACAAAAAUGCUGCUCCUGGAUUAUGGCAACACGAAUAUGAAAAACAUGGUUCAUGUGCCUAUCAGUUACCUCAAUUUUCAUCCAAUGCAGUUCAAGAUUAUUUUAAAAAUUCAAUUAAUCUUAGGAAAAGUAUGAAAGAUAUUGUCAAAUCAUUGCAACAAUAUUCAAUUACGCCCUCAAAUACUACUUUUUAUAGCAUUUCUUCAUUGAAAGACGCUUUUAAAAAUUCAGGAUUUGGUCGACCAGCUUUGGUGUGUUUUAAUCAAACCAUUUUAUCAGAAGUGAGAUUUUGUACGGAUAAGAAUUUAACAUUUAUUGAUUGUCCAACACAAAUUGGAGAUUCAUGCUCAUCGAAGGAUCCUGCAAACCAAAGCAAUCAAAUUGUUUUUACUCAACUCUCAAAUGUCAUUGUAGGACCUGAUCUUACUUUGGUUGGAGUUUUAAUUGGAUUAAUUUGUGCCUUUGUUGUUUUAAGCGUCGUUUUCUUCUUUAUUGUUCUAGCAUGCAAAGUAUUGUUUGGUAAUAAGAGGAAAUAUACGUAUCAUAAUUUCUAA